UAUUUAAAAAUUAAUGAAUAAAACUAAAAUAUCACGAUGAAAACAUUCACCUGGCUCUUAUGAUUUUCAAAAAGCUGAAACAAUUAAGAUAUCACAACCCCUCCCCCACAAAAUCUGCCAGACAAUAGGAACUUUUACAUAUUCCUUGAGCCUGCAGUCAUUAGGUGCACAAUAACAUUUGCUGCUCACUGUGGAUUUAUAAAGACACAAACCUUGGCACGUACAGUUUUUGUAUUUAACCAACAGUAUUAUUUACUAUUAUUAUUUAUUAUUCCAACAACUUGACUAAAUCUAGAGAUAAUUUUAAAUUUCCAUCUGUUUUCACUCCUGUGUAACGCCACCACUAUUACCCUGUAAAUAGCAGUGCAAUAUAUUGAAAAAUUUUCUUGCAGUUUUCACACUUUUCACACUUUUUCCGAACUCAAACGUCAGUGGGCCAAAAUGAAUCCUUACUGUUUAACGUUCCUGGCCUAACCUAGCAUAUAAGAGCCCUCACAAGAAAGGCACUCGGAAUUUCACUUUUAUGCACAAGCACUGCUAUAUAUAUAGAUUAUGACAUUUGUGACACCGUUUUCCUUCCACUUAAAAUGACGGAUAAAUCAAAUGAUCUUCUUAGAUUUGGUUUAUUUAAUAAGAAAACAACAAAAGCACAGCAACAACAAAACACUCGAAACUUUAAAAAUUAGAAAAAAGAAACUAAUCUGAGCACAGAACUUGUGAACUGAUACAAAUCCAUUUCUGAUCUUGGGUAAUAGUUGCAGCAAAAUAAAGCUGCACGCAAUUCAACAUGAACUUCAAGGGAGAAUCACUCUAAGCUCUAAAUGAGUCACGAUUCACACAAAGGAAAGCCGAAGCCCAUCCCCUCCCGUGUUAAUCAGUCCUGUUACAAUCUGAGGCUGUGAUGACAUAAUUACUAAUAAAGUGUAAGUCAUAUUUUUGCAUUAAAUAAGUGCAAAAGGCAGAAGCACCUACACUCUCUUCAAACGGGCAUAUGAACGGCUCAAUACUACUUUUUAUUCAGCCUCUAAAAAGAGUCCAAGUUUUUUUUUAAAUACAUAUAUACUACAUUCAGGUCCAUCUGCAGUAGGCGUGCUAUCACAUUUCUGAAAACAAAAGAAUGAAUUGAUUUAUCUUCUAUACUGGCUAAAUACAGUCUAACCAUGUGAUCCGCAGAGUAACCAAUGGGCAGCCGAGGAGAAAGUAAGGGCAGGAAAAAAUUACUACCAUUUUAGGGGAGGAUGUAAGCCACUAUACCAGCCCAUCUAACGUUUUACAGUCGCAUUUAAGUGUCUUUUUAUUGAAAUAAUAAAAUAAACAUGUCGCUAACGAAUUAUUAUUCCAUGAUGGGUCUCCAGACCGAGGAGCCUUACGGUGCACAUUUCAUCCCGGGAGGCUUGCAGGGUUCGACGGCUGGCUGCGCAAAGCCAGGCCGGGGAGCAGAGGAGGAGGAGGGGACCCCCGGCUCACACAUCCCGGAUUUCUCUCAUUUUUCCAACAAACAGUCGAGUUUAAAUGGCUUUUCUCCUUGGACAAACACUUCCACUUCCUCUACGUCUUCUUCUCCGCAGCUGCAAUCCGCCCCCGGUGCGUCCAUCCCCGGCCUUUUUCAUCCACAUCACCUCCUGAGCCACCACCCCUACUACGGCCAGCAGACUCCGACACACGCCGAACACCUUGCAUCCGCGUCGGACAGCAGGUUCGUACGCUGCUGGGAAGGGGCGAGCCCCACCUCGGAGACCGCUCUGUCGCAAGUUUCGGCAACUUUCUCCGCGUGUCUCCCAGCACAGGGUGACCUCUCCAAUCCGAGCCCGAGGUAUGAGACAAUUAAGCCCGAGAGUUCACCCCCGUCACACGACAGUCCCGAAGAUUCCAGCUUCGCCAGUCCGGCGGAGGUGGUCCUGGAGCGGCUUGGGACUGUAGAGGAGCUGGGGAGGAAGCCUGAGCCAAAGAAAGAGGACGAGGAGAGAAAAACACAGCAGCAGCAGCAGAUUGACCCGGAAAAUCCAUCAGCUAGCUGGAUCCAUGCCAAAUCGACCCGGAAAAAGAGAUGUCCUUACACCAAACACCAGACCCUGGAGCUGGAGAAGGAGUUCCUCUACAACAUGUAUCUGACCAGAGAUCGGCGCCUGGAGGUGGCAGGACUCUUAAAUCUGACAGAGAGACAGGUCAAAAUCUGGUUCCAAAACAGACGGAUGAAGAUGAAGAAGCUGAUGAUUCGGGAGAGGAGGAGUAUGAAUGAAUGAUGGAUUUAGAGGCUGGGGCUUUUUUUCUUCCUGUGAUAGGUGAAGAGGUGGUGGUGAUAAAAGAAACACAGUGCUCAGAGAUGGCCAACAUCUCUAACAUAAACUGUCAAGAUCAGCUGUGACUAAGCAAAGGAUUGUAGAGCUAACAUGGCUGCCUUUGAAAACUGCAGUGAAAAACUCUGCAGGGGAGACCGGGAUGUGCUGUAACACACAUAUUAUUGUCUUUUAAAAAAAAAAAGUUAGGUAAUCUGUACUUUGGAGCAUAAUUCUUCCAUCUGCAUGUUUAAAAAAGAAAACAGCUAAUCUGAAACCCGGGGUAGUUGUAAAUAAUGACGUGUUAACAUUUACAGGGAGAUCAAUAAACCCAAUCACAAACAUACCAGCUCAUAUCAAAGACUACUCAUUUUAAAACACAUCUGUUUUUAAUAUGGAUGCACAUCUCUCAUGUUCAGAAAUGGCAAUGCUUGAAACAUUCCAGACGUAAUACUUAAACUGUCUGUGCUCUCAACAAAAAAAUGGGAAUGGUGUUUUAUGAUUUAAGGCUAAAACUAUCGUCCUCAUGAAAACUAUGUUUAAUGUGCCAGCUGGGACUUAAGUACAAGGGAAAACUAUCAAAGAUAAACCCCAUGAGUAAUCUCAUAGCUGAAUACCUGCUUGUUACAGCCUGAAAAAUAGCUGCAGAAUAUUUGUAUGGGAUUAAAAUGAAAUAUUUGUUGGGAGCAAACAGGAUUCGGGCUAAUGGACUGUAUCUGAUGCAUGUAAGUAUUAACAUAUUUAUGUGAAAUAUGUUAAUACUGUUGGGUUGGCAUUACCAAAAGAUAAAAGACACAUUUGCUAUGGCUGGAGUUAUUCUCUUUAUACUCUUUUAACAAUGCAAUUACCCUUAGAAAACAAACCAGAACCAAAUGUAUCUUUGAAAACGCCAAGAUUACACAUGUGAAAAAUCUAAAAAUCGCAGGUACUUAAAAGGCGAACUAGUCAUGCUAAAGUAAUAAUGUGUUUUAAAUGUGAUACUUUCACAUGUGUCCCACUUCAAUGGCUUUUUCAUAGCAAGGUCAGCUGUACUUUAAUGUCCAACUGGCUAAUAAGCGACUAAAGAUGAAUAUUUUCUGUCUAACACAUUAUGUGUGACUCGAGGCUUUGGUUUAUUGGCUCUAAAUAAAAUUAGUCUACUGCAUUUUAAAUAGGACCACAAGGCGCUCUUGUCUUUUCCUGGUCCUGCAUUGAAGUGCCUGCACAAAUGUGUGGGUCAUAAUAGUUAAAAAUACUGAAGAAGGUUUUGUAUAAUCACAAACUUCUACAUGUCAUACACUUGUAACCACAGUGCAUUUGCUAAAUUUACGAGAUUUUAUAUAUUUACAAUAAGCAACAUAAAAAAAAGAAGCAAAACACCACUUCUUCUUCUCUGUAUUUCAGGUGCCUGACAGGCCUGUACAGAAACGUGUUUCACUUUGCUCUUAGUGGAGAAGUUCUCUGUGUUACAACCAAUCCUGGUCUCCCUUAUUAAUCAGAAAGUAGCUUUUAAGGAAUUUGCUCCUGAAGACAGAAUAAAGCUUCUUUGUUUUGUUUUUAUAAACUCUGCAUGUAGCCUUAUAGGGGCAUAUUUGUUGGUAUUGUUGUCCUUGCUGUUGUUGUCAUUGUUGCUGUGUAUAUUUGUUGUUACUGUGGGUUUGAAAUGCAGAUAUGGUCAUGUCUACACACACACACACACACACACACACACCAGUCAUGGCUAAGCUAUGGUGUGACUGCAGUUUGAUUGUUAGAUUUUCUGUUUCGCUGUUUCCUCCCGUAAGAAUAAACAGCUACGUCUCUUAAGACGUUUUACAACAACGCACAAUCGAUUUCCAUUUUGCAAUGUAAGUUGCUAUAACAUCAGAGACAACGGGAACAUUGUGGGGAUUUUAAAGGUAUUUUGGUGCUUUUCGUUUUUGUCCACAUUCUCCUUGAGAGAAGAGGAAGAACAACAGGCUAUGUUAGCCUACAGCGACAGGCCUGUGCUGUGCUGUGAGACGAAGUGUGAUCAAAUAAGGCCUUCAUCCUGUCAUUUAGGUUAUAGGCUCAAUAUGCUGCUCAUGGUGAUUUUUCUAAAUAAAAUAAAAGAUGGAUUACAGCGUCGGUGUUCAUUUGCGCCUUCUUUUUGGUGACUUGGUAAUUUUACGCAGAGAUUAGUCCGCACAAAUCUUUUUUUUUCUUAUUGUUUGUUUUUAACUUGAUAUUAAGGGCAUAUUAAUAAUAUUUAUGGCAUCACGUGGCAACAUUGUAGACAUAAAAAUAUCCUGCUAUAGAACUACUGCAAAAAUAUUUUGUAGCCCCUGAUCAAUGUAGCCUAAAACUCAUAAAGGUUAAAAUUGCGCUGUCGUUUAUUAAAUAGCGCAAUACAACCCAAUAAAAAAGGCUUACAUACAGCAUUAUCCUAUAUUAUUAUCCUGCGGCUGAUUCUACAGGGGGCGAAACAAAGGCAGUAAGUCAUGGUUGACAUUAAACAGGAUUAUAGGCCAAUAACUCAAUUUAUUAUGUUUGUCAUUAUGAUUAUAUUCCACCGUCAAGGUGUUUCACUGCUCUCAGGUAUAUGUUCGGAGUUUCAGCCCACGGAGAGACAUUUCUGCCUCCUUGUUUUGUCAAAGUCAGUGCAGCGCCUCGUAGCUUCCUUCAUUUAUUGCUGCUAUAUAAUCUUCUCAGGGCUCAUCCUACUGCAGGGUCAUAAACCAACAGCAUGCAUUUGGAGAAUAAACGUGACUUUCCGCCCCAACUCAAGACAGAGAGACACGCAGAGAGAGGUGCCAUAAAGUAAUUUCACCCAGACAGUCAUCGUGACUAUAUGGUUUUAUUGGACACCCUUUCCUGCCUUAGAGCCUCAACUGUCCUUCUAAAUGUUAAAGUCAUUGUCUGCAGAUGAGACUAGACAGCUCCAGUCACGUCUUUUACAGACAGCGAGAGCACAAAACACAGGAAAUUUCAUUAUGGAGGGAAUUAAAACGGAUUUGCCCAAAAGCAUGUGAGUCUUGAUGAGGUGUAUUUUUUCCUGUUUCAGAAGUAAUCGUUUAAUUUAGGCUAGGUUAUCUACAACUUCGGUGUAGCCGUACUGGUAAAAACAAGAAGCUUUAACAUCAGCAGUAGUCUGAUUUUAUUCAGCUAGAGCAAAACCUUCUUCUUAUUUUUAAAGUUAAGAAAUGGCCGUCUGAGUUGCAAACAGCAUUCAGGCCUUCUGUGCUGACUGGGCACAGGUAUUGAUUUCUAUGGACUAGUAUUAAAAAUAACUUGGUCCUGCAUUGGAGCACAGACGAGUGACAAAAGAAAGAAUAUAUGCAUCCAUUUUAAUGGCUGAUGGACAAGAAUAAAAAGUAUUAUAACUAUUUAAAUCUCAAAACUUCACUCAGAGCACACCAACAAAUGCAUCAGAAUUACUGAAUGUAGAUAACAUAUAUAAAAAAAGAUAAUAAUAAUAAUAACCUGAAAAUUUUUUUCAAUUAAAUGCCUCCAAAGUUCUGAUUUAAUGUGCACUUUUAAUAAAACUAUCACAAACGAAACUCUUCCACCUGCAUUUACAUGUAAUUAGCCUCCAAAAGAAUAAUAUUUAAAGUGCUGCAGAAAUUAGGAUGCAUUAGGAUGAUAGGAUUGCACGUAGAAACGCUAAAAACAUUACUACUAAUUGCUGCAUGCUCCCCAUCACAUUUCUUCAGUAUGAUAAAAAUAGAUUCCAAAUGAUCCAUUAACAGAGUCCAGGGCCUCACCAGCUGAGCAGCAUGCAAACGAUUGAUGGAGAAAAGUGAUGUGCACUUGCAUUUAUUCUGUUAUGAAGAAUAAAAUAUAGACGGUAAAGCACGUAAGCCUAUACUGCGGCCUGACAUGAAUAUUCUGUUUUAUACUAACAUAGAUAAAUUAAAAAUUAAACAUCAGUUUUAUCAAUCAAGGUGGCCCGGAUAAGUUAAAGUAACAUUUUUGAAUUGGUUAAUUUCAAGACACGAUCUGAUUUUAAAUUCCUCAUAAACACAAAAACAUGCAAAAACAGGGCUGCUUUUCAUGUGUAAUUACUCAUUCUGUCCACUGGGCGGAGGUGUUGUCUUUCAUGGGCUAUUUGCACUCGAGCAGCAAUUCUAUGGUGCGAUAUUUAUUACUGUGGACCUGAGUCCAAAUCUCAGAUUCUGACGUCAUCUUUCUUCACAGGCAAAAUCUCAUUCAAAUGCUUGCCCUACAGCAUUUUACUACACUAACGUGUAGUUUCCCAGACAUGAGUUAAGUCUUAGACAAAGAACCUUUUUUUUCAGAGGACAUCUUCACUGAAAUUUCCCUUUAGUCUGAGACGAGGCUUAAUCCAUGUCUGGGAAACUGGCUGUAAACGUCCAACCUGUUGUAUUCAACUGGUGACAUGUUAAAAGCUGUAACUGUUCAGGCAACAACGUUUUCUCGACCUGUGGAAGAAUUUAAAACAAUAAUAAUAAUAAUGGAACAUUUAAUUUGGGAGGAAGACAACGAAGGAAAAAAAGCAGCUCAGUAAUAUUCAAACAGCUACUCUGUGAUCCGAGUUUCUAAUCAAUUUCAUCCACCCCAUUAAAUAAAUGAACCCUCUUCUAAUCCUGUUAUGUUUCUUAUUUAAUAGUCAAAGGGGAUAGUAACGCUACUUCCGCUCUGUUUCCUCUUCAAAAUAAAAGGUGAAGCAAUAAUUGAAGCCUCUGCAGUUUAUGAUCACAGCCUUAAAGUCGAUAGAAUUAAAAGAAAAAGGUUAUUUUUUACUGAAACGUGCUCCAAAUGAUCUGACGCUAUUUGUUUUAAAACAGGAGAAAGAAAAUGAGAGGAAAAAACAAACCUUUAGAAAUGAAAUAUCGACCUUACUGCUUAACAACAGGCCGUGUUCAGCUUUGUCCAGCUUAUGUCUAAAACCGUGACAACCAGUUUUAGACAUAAAAUUUGAAAUAAAGGUGCAUGUACAGAAUUCCGAAUCAAGAGAUGAGUGUGUUAGGUUUAAGAUAAAAAAGAGAAAUUGUGAAUUUUAAAAUUUUAAAACAUAGCACACCAGAUAUACAGGUGCUAGCCGUGAUGACUUACAGUGUGAUAAAAUAGAAAUGAAUCGCACUGUUCACAUUAUGUUUCUUCGCUCUGUAAAAUACUAUUACAUAUCAAAAAUAAAUGCACUGGCGUUAUGACUAGAUUAAUGUGACUGGAUGUUUACUUCAUACCACCCUAAUUUACAAUCCAACACGAAUAAAUAGCACAUAAAUUUAUGAUGCUUUUACGCUGUUGGCUGCUGAUAUCUAUGAAAUGACUCCGUAUUAUCCUAUCCUAUAUAAGCAGGCUAGUAUAAAAAGGAAAUCAAUGUAACCAAAGUAAAAGUACUGCGACAUGAACGUCACCAAUGUUAGUUUUUUUUUCUAUCACUUGCUAUAAGCUCUCUGUGGACAGACAGAGGACGUCGCUGAACUUUUUGAAAAAAAAAUGAAGGCUGUAAUAAUUCAGUAUUUAUCACAUUAACCAAAUAUAAAAUUAAUCAAAUCCAUAGCAUAA